AAAAAAAAAAGAAAAGAAAAUUGAUACAUAGAAUUUUGAUACCUAUAAUUUGAGUUAUGUUAUAGGUGUCUACAUAUAAGAAUGGAAGAAAAGAGCUCUAAGUGCUUAUUUUGCCAAAAACCAUCAAAAUAUACAUGCCCUCGAUGUUUUGUUCAGUACUGCUCCACUAUUUGUUAUAAAAGUGAGCAACAUCUGGAAUGUUCUGAAAAUUUUUACAAAGAAGAGGUGGUUAGGGAGCUUAAGUCAAUGAAAGGCACUCCAGCAGAAAAACAGAAAAUAAUCCAGAUGCUUAUGACUGAAAAAAAAGAAAAUGAAGAUUUUUUAAAUAGUGAUGUUUCACAACGUUUAGAAGACGUCUGCUUAAAUGACACAGAUCGUCUUUGGGACAGAUUAACAGAAGAUGAGAAACAUAUAUUUUUAAAAAAAAUACAUAGUGGUAACGUUAAUUUUCUCUCUGAUUGGCAACCAUGGUGGGAAGUUGAAAGACUCAAGGUGGUUGAUAUCUCUGAUAAGUUCAUUCAAGUGGAAUGUCCUAAAAUUCUUAAAAACAUUCCAGAUUUGAAGCAUAUACUUUCUAAAUCUCCAAGCAGUAAUGUUCAAUAUAAUAUUAUGGAAGUAAUUCUUGUUUAUAUAUAUUCUAUGCGAUUACAUAAUGGUGAUCUCUAUGAUUAUCCUGAGGACUCAUUAAAUAUAAUUUUCAGUUUAUCAAAAUCCUUGUCACAAAACUAUAUGUUUGAUAGUUUGUCUUGUGUUAUAUAUACAUUAACUGAAAAUAUCAAUAGAAAUAAAUUAGUUAAUGCUUCACUCAUCACGCUAUACCUAAAAGAUGCUGAAUUGAUUUUAGUUUCAAAAGAUCAUUAUGUGCUUGUUUUGCUAUCUGAUUUAUACAGAUUCUUGAAAUGGUGCAAAAAGUAUUUUCCUAGUAAAUUGGGAAUGGCACCCGCCAUUUAUAAAACAAUGAAAAAACUUUAUUUUUAUAUUGCAUUUGCGAAGCAGUUUAGUUAUAAUAUUUCAGAGAUAUCUUUAGAACUCUAUUCAAUCAGAAACAAAAUGGUGGAGGAAUCAAAGUUGAUCAAUCAACAACGCAAUGAUAUUGAAGCAAAUUUAGAACAAUUAAAAUUGAAACAACAACAAAAAGUUCUUAUAGAGGAAAUUCAUUAAAAAUGCAUCUAUCAGUCUUGACAAUUGUUCUUUGAAAUUUUACAAACUUUAAUAAUUAUGAAAGUGCAUUAA